AUGUCUUUUGUGCCUUAUCAUGCCCCGGCUUUUGAUCCCAUCUCUUCACUCUCCCUGAAUUUCAUACCAACACUCAUACUCUUCUUCCUAACGCCCUUCAUCCUUCCACCCCUGGCCCGCCGUCUUCUUCGUUACAUCUCAUCCCCAACUUCCUUCAAUGAGAAAAUCUUCAACAAUGGCAGCCCGUCCAUCUCAAACCUCCCCCGUCUAUCGGGCGUAGUCCCCUGGCUAGGCCACCUCAUGGGUCUGACCAUUGACAGCACCCGUUACAUUAACAAGCUCAUCGCAUCCACUACAGCCCCCAUCUUCACCAUCAACAUCCCAUUCGCACGCAUCACAGUCUGCCAUCCAAACAUGGAUCGAGUUCUAUCUCGCCAUGUCAAUGAUACCGGUCUUGCACAAGUUCUUGUCUAUGUUGGUCCUCGUCUCUUCGGACUCAAGAGCGAGACUGUCAAGGCUGUAUUUGCGUAUAAUCCCCAGCCUCUGCAUAAGCAGAAGUUUGGGCAUGCUGAGAAUAUUGUUUCCUUGAAUCAACGCUCCAGCGCUAAUAUCAGAGAUCGAGUUGCCAAGAUGCCUGACGUUAGUGAGGUUCAGGUUGGUCGUUGGGUGUUUGAGUUGACGGUUUCUGCUACGGCGAGUGCAGUAUGGGGAGUUGCUAACCCCUGGAGCAUGGAUCAGGAGUUCUCGGAAGAAUUCAUGAAACUCAGCGAGACAUUUGAUAGUCUUGGAAGGCCGUUUCCCUGGCUCACAGCAAACUCAGCCUGGAACUCCCGCAAGUUCCUUCUGACCAGACUUCGCGAGUUCCACAUGCAGCACCGCGAAGCCCGUGUCCAGACUACAUCUCAUAGCAUCAACGUCGUGGCACAUAGUGAUCCUGACUGGGAGACCAACGCAGAUUACUACCAUAUCGAAAUGGUCACAGCCCUGGGUCUUCUUGCAACUACUAGCACUCUCGCAGUCUGGCUUACACGCCAUCUCCUUACAGAUCCUGAACUGGUUCAAGUCGUUCUCAAGGAAGUGCAACAGCUUAAGAUGGUUGAAGGACAGGAAAAGCCACGAUUGGACUUUGCCAACGUCCGCACUGAAUGCCCCUGGCUCAUGGCAUCUUGGUACGAAUCCCUCCGUCUUCACAUGACAGGCGUAGCAAGGAUCGCCCGUCACGAUUUCAUGCUCAACAUCCCGGGCUCAGAACCCAUUGCCGUGCCUCAAGGCGAGAUCUUCAUGCUUCCAAUGUGUGCAUCAAACCUAGACGUCGACAACUGGGGUCCUGACGCUGCUGUCUUCAAACCCUCUCGCUUCAUCAACGAAGCAGGUGAAGUUUCUGGUAAUGCUGUACGCAAAGUCAGGGCUUUUGGAGUUGCGGGCAAUAUGUGUCCUGGGCGCGUUUUUGGAAUGGAUAUCGUCUUUUCUGUGAUUGCAACGAUGUUGAGGACUUUUGAUGUCGAGGCUGCUCCUGGGGAGAGAUUUGGAGUUCCUACGCUGAGAGGAGGGUUUAAUGUCGGCUUUGAGAGGUAUGGAGACGAUGUUAAGGUCUUGCUUAAAAGAAAGCAUGUUGCUUAA